UAUAUAGCUGCAUACGAAAACAAUAUCAAGAUUUUUUUUAUAAUUACUUUUUGUGUCUUAUUUUUCUUUAUAUUCUUUCUGAUGUUUAUUUUUUCUUAAUUGAUCCCUUCCAUGCAAGUAGCAAAAGGGUGGAAAUGAAACAUUUUAACCGAGCAUUAAUGAUUUUUGUUCAAUUUAUUUCAAACAAAUCCAUGAAUAUCAGGCAUACAUAUUCCUGUUUUUCUGCUGUUUACAAGGGUUUGUGUUCUAAAUGUGUACAUAGUGAUGAUGUAGAAGGAAGCAUGAAUAAAACUACUUGUUCUUGUAAGUUGUUCCGAGCUAGCAAAAGUCAAAUAUGUUAACCACUUCAAAAAAUCAUGCAUGGAAUAAAAGGUAAUAGAAUAAGGAAUCUGCAUACAGAAUGAUGCAAGGAAGUGGAGAAUUAACAGUUCCUCCAGGGUUUAGGUUCCACCCAACUGAUGAGGAGCUUCUUUACUAUUACUUGAGGAAGAAAGUUUCUUAUGAAGCCAUCGAUCUUGAUGUUAUCAGAGAAGUUGAUCUCAACAGACUUGAGCCUUGGGAUCUCAAAGAUAAGUGUAGGAUUGGAUCAGGGCCACAAAAUGAGUGGUAUUUCUUCAGUCACAAGGACAAGAAAUACCCAACAGGAACAAGAACAAAUAGAGCAACUACAGCUGGGUUUUGGAAAGCAACAGGAAGAGACAAAGCCAUAUAUCACACCAAUUCCAAAAGGAUUGGAAUGAGGAAAACCUUAGUGUUCUACACUGGACGUGCUCCUCAUGGUCACAAAACUGAUUGGAUCAUGCAUGAGUAUCGUCUUGAUGAUGAUGAUAAUGCAGAAGUUCAGGAAGAUGGAUGGGUAGUUUGCAGGGUAUUCAAAAAGAAAAACACAAACAGAAGCUACCAACAAGAAAUUGAAGAAGAAGAUCAUCACAUGAUUAACCACAUGAGAUCAACAAAUGGUCCAAAUCAUUUUCUAGAACCAAAACAUCAUCAUCACAUGCAACAACUAGGACUAUAUGAUUACAACAAUAACACCACCACCACCUUUGAUGGUACAAUUCAUCUACCACAAUUGUUCAGUCCAGAAUCAGCCAUAGCAGCACCACCUACUUCCUUCCAUAAUUCAUCAAUGGACAUCCUUGAAUGCUCUCAAAAUUUGUUGAGGCUCACAACAACAAAUACUAGCUCUGGACUUAAUCUCAUGCAACAACAACAACAACAAGGAGAAAGGUUGAUCAGUGGUAGUGAUUGGUCAUUCUUGGAUAAACUACUUGCAUCACACAAUGGAAUGGAUCUUAAUCUAAGGAACAAAUUAUGUAACACUCCUAAUAAUCACCAGGCUGCACCUUCUGCUGUUGGAACUUCUUCUGCUCAGAAAUUUCCAUUUCAUUACCUUGGUUGUGAGUCUCAUGAUAUUAUGAAAUUUUCAAAGUAAUUAAUUAAGGUUAUGAUGAUGACUUUAAUUACUUAUUACAUGUGUUAUACAUAAGUGAGGAUGAGAGAAAUUUGGUUUCUAGUAUAAGUUUUUUUUUUCUGUUAGAUACUACUAUUUGAAAUUCCACGCAUUAAUUAAUUUAGUUAAAUUAUUUCUUUUGAGUAUGAAUUGUAUAUAUUAUUAUUAUUAUAUGCAUCUCUUAUUCAAGCUGCUUGACAAACCAUUGUUCUUAUUAUUGAAAUGAACUCAAUAAGAACCACAUAUGUGACAAUACCUUAAGAUAA